CUGUUUCCCGCAACAGACGACCGUGAGACUCACCUUUCUCCCGACAAAAUCACCUUCCUACCCGAUGAACGUAUUCAGUGUGAUAGGACAAAGUACGAGGACAACUACACGCCGCUCUACAUUGUUAAAGUCACGGUGGGCGCCGAGUUCCACAUUUAUGAGUCAACUCUCGACAUAACCGAGGUUCUCAGUCGGUUUCCGGCUGUUUGGUACAACGUGACAGACAUAAUGCCCCACGAUGACUUCCGACCAGAUCUGCAAUUCGCUGCGUUGCAUCAGCUGGCUGUAGCCUUAGUGCAACUUGUCCAGCUUGCCUCAGUGUCUGCUUUGGAUUGCGUCAGCGUUUACUACGGAUUGCUGAAGCACGCGACUGCCCAUCUUCCAAAUCGAUUGGGGAACUAA